CUUAAAAGGCGGACGGAGGCGUUGGAGGCGCAAAGAGCCCGGGCCGCUUCUUCUUCUUCUUCUUCCAUCCUUCCUUCUUUCCUUCUUUCUUUCCUUCGGUGACAGCUCUUUCGCCGGGAGCCCUUCUUUUGUUGCCUCCGCAGCCAAUCAAGGCUUUUGACGACACAGUUCAGUUGGGAUAUAAAAGGAGAGUCCGUCUUUCUUCGCUCGGCGCCCCCCCUCCCCUCCUCCUCUCUCUCUCUCUCGCUCGCUCGCUCGCCUGCCUUCCUUCCUUCCUCCCUUCAUUCUCCCAGGCAGCAAGUCACCCGCCGCCUCCCGAGAAAGCAGCAGGAGGAGGAGGAGGAAGAGGAGAAGUGGGAGAAGGAGGAAGAGGAAGGGGAGGAAGAGGAGGCGCCCCCACCGACCCCCGGGAGAAAGAGAAGGAGAGCGAGGAAGCGAGGGAAGGCAGGCAGGCAGGCAGGCAGGCAGGCGAGGGUCGGUCGGUCGGCUGGGAGGGGAAGCCAUGCGUGCGCCCUGGUCCCUGCUGUGGCUGCUGGUGCUGCUGGCCUUGGAGGUGGGCGCCGGCGAGAAGGCGAAGGCGGCCUCCUCCUCCUCGUCCUCCUCUUCGCCAGUCCCGGCCCCGUCGUCUUCCGCGGGUGCGGAGGGGGAGUCCGGCUCGGGCUGCCCGGUGUGCCUGUGGCGGCAGCACAGCAAGGAGCUCCGCCUCGAGAGCAUCAAGUCCCAGAUCCUGAGCAAGCUGCGGCUGAAGGAGGCGCCCAACAUCACGCGGGAGGUGGUCAACCAGCUGCUGCCCAAGGCGCCCCCGCUGCAGCAGAUCCUCGACCUGCACGACUUCCAGGGGGACGCCUUCCCGCACGACGCCGACUUCCUGGAAGAGGAGGACGAGUACCACGCCACCACCGAGACCGUCAUCAGCAUGGCCCAGGAGACGGACCCUGUGGUACAGAUUGAAGGCAACCCACACUGUUGUUUCUUCAACUUCAGCCCCAAGAUUAUGUUCACUAAGGUAGUAAAGGCGCAGCUAUGGGUAUACCUGAGACCUGUUCAGCAUACCUCCACAGUCUACUUACAGAUCCUGCGCCUCAAGCCAGUGACAGAGGAUGGUAGCCGCCACAUCCGCAUCCGCUCACUCAAGAUUGACCUGAAUUCACGCAUUGGCCACUGGCAGAGCAUUGACUUCAAACAUGUGCUGCAGAACUGGUUCAAGCAGCCCCAGAACAACUGGGGUAUUGAAAUCAACGCUUUUGAUCCCAAUGGCAAUGAUCUGGCUGUCACCUCUCUGGGGCCUGGAGCCGAAGGACUGCACCCCUUUAUGGAGCUGCGUGUGCUGGAGAACAACAAACGGUCUCGUCGGAAUCUGGGACUAGACUGUGAUGAACACUCCACUGAGUCCCGUUGCUGCCGUUACCCACUGACGGUUGACUUUGAGGCUUUUGGCUGGGAUUGGAUUAUCGCCCCCAAGCGGUACAAAGCCAACUACUGUUCAGGCCAGUGUGAAUACAUGUUCAUGCAAAAAUAUCCUCACACCCAUUUGGUACAACAAGCCAAUCCACGGGGGUCUGCCGGGCCUUGCUGCACACCAACCAAGAUGUCCCCCAUCAACAUGCUGUACUUCAAUGACAAACAGCAGAUCAUCUAUGGCAAAAUUCCUGGCAUGGUUGUUGACAGGUGUGGAUGCUCUUAAACCCCCUACUUGCCCUGUCACUCCCUUCUUUUGAUCACUUUGGAUUCCUGCUUCAAUGAUGCACCCUGACAAAUAGCAUUUUAAACAUUUUUGGAGAGCAAAUGAUUGUGGGAAAAGAACAAGAUGAAUAGAAUUGUAUUGAAAAUCUCUGAAGUGACAUCAUGCGCUGUGCAAUAAUCAAAACAGACGUCACGUUUCUGGAAAGUGGAUGAGUUGGCUUGGAUCAAUACUUUCCUCCCUGAGGCAAAUAUGAAUCAAGCAUUCUUCUCUUCUCCUCCAAAACCCUUCAUUUGACCCAUUACUGCUCAAGCUUUACUUUUACUGGCAUCCUUUCUUUCUUCCCUUUCUCUCUUGAUCUGGGAAGCAAAAAAAUGGGUUCUAUCAUGAAAAAGAUCAUCAGAAAGAGAGAAGACCUUUGACCCGUUUACAGACAGUGAAAGCUUCCUAGAUUGUGAUUAAGUUAAAUAAAAUGUUGUAUGGAGCUAUAACAGAUAAAAGGGAGGAGAGGUAAAUAUUUUGUAUUAAGAUGAAGAAGGAAACUAGCCAGUUUGGGAAAGAUUUGGCAUUUUGUUUUUUGGUUGGGAGGGGGAGGGAGAAUAUAGUCUGGGAAUCGGAGGGUUGCUGAACCUGCCUGCCUUUUGAGAGACAGAACCCCGAAGAGAUGGAAAGCUCCAAAAAUGCAAACUGACAUCCACUUAAAUGCUUUCCUGCAUUGACUGCAUGGUUGCAAGAGAUGGUGAAGGAAUGGAGGUGUAGUCUGUAGUUACACGGGUGUUGAAAUAAGUGACUAACUGGAAGUUAAACUGCCAGUUCUAGCUGACUUGGAUGCUCCAAACAGAUAGGAUCCAACAUUCUUCAUCUCCAUUGUCUAUAAAAAUGAUGAACCCAACACAGUGAAUUCAAGACACAUCUGUCAAUUCAGAACCCAUUUUUAAAGCAGUAGGGAAAAGAUCCUGGGAAAGAUUGGACCCAUGUAGGUUUCCUCCUCCUUCUGCCCUUCUGAAGUACUAUAUUUUGCAUCACUGCAAGAAAAGUUUCUAGAAGAUGCAGUUGAGGAAAACAAAAUUACUUUUAUUUAUUAUAGCAACAGAACCGUUAUACUUAAAGGACCACUUUUGACUAAUAUUUCAGUGGGAGGAAUAUAUAUCCAUGAAUGUAAAUACUACAGAACUGGCGAUUAGCCUUUGCUAACAGCCGAACUAGAUUAGACCACUAGUUUCCUUUAGAUGGCUUGAGGUUUCUUUUUUAAACUGGGUAGUGUAUUGUUGCCUUUAUACUGCCAGUUCCUUAAUAACACAGCCAUUUUUGAAUAGUGGCAUAGGCUGCUCUUGUUUUUACCUGCUCCACUGGUCAACUGAUGUUUUUUUAAUUAAAUGCACUUAAGUAGAUUUUAACCCAUUUCCAAACUUCCAUGACUCUGCUAUAUGAACUUCCAGCACAGAGUCUCUAGCUCUGCUUCUACUAUUUGAAACAACAGGAUGACAGAGGAGAAUGAAACAUAUGGCUUAAGGAAAUAGAACAUUAACUCAUAAUAAGCUAUUUGGAAGUCAGGGCUUAGACUGGGCAUGUGGCAUAUAAUCUUGAAAUUCAAGGAGUUGGAUUGGCAAGCAGUAAAGGUUAGGUGGAAGAAAUUAUUAUGUUUAAUGGUCCCAUAACAACUGUUGUUUAAAGUUAGUGAUUACAGCUUGGAUUUUAAGUUCAGAUAGAUAAUCCUGCAAACUGAAACCCAAAAUAUAACCCAUUAAUGGUUACGUGUUCAAAUCUAGAAUGUGAACUAAAAACCUUUGCUUGUAGCGAAAGAUCAGUGUUGAGCCAUUCUCUACUAAAUUUUCAUUUGUGAAUGGGACAAAAGCUUGUUCCGUUAGGACUAUAAGAAACCACAUUAUAGACCAGGAUAGCCACUGAAACAUUGUU